AUGUCAGGAAAACAGCAGAAAACCAUGAUGCCUCCUAUUAACUGCAUUUACAGUCACCUUCAGCAGCAGUCAACGGUGAAAUUUUGGCUGUAUCAGCAAUCACAAAUGAGGAUCAAAGGAAAAAUUAGUGGAUUUGAUGAGUUUAUGAACGUAGUAAUAGAUGAUGCUUUGGAACUACCAAUAGAUGAGAAAACUGGAGCCGAACUUCCAGACAAGGCAGUCAAGUUGGGCAGAAUUUUGCUGAAAGGAGAUAACAUCACACUCAUUUCGGCAUCUGACUGA